UUCUUCUUCUUCGCAAUUCUAUUCAAAUAUACCAGUCAGAGAGCGACUCUGGAGUUUGACAUACCUCGAGAAAAAGGAAAAAACAGAUCAACAGUUUCAGCUUCCUCAACAUAACCUCCACGUCUCUCUCUAACUCCAAUCUAUCAACACUACGUGUUCAUUAAAGCCGACUGGUUGUUUUUUUAGUUGUAUCAACCAUCCUAAACCCAACAAAUCCUGUUCUUCUUUUCUUUUUCGUUAUAAAAAAUAUAUAUUUAGAUCCGUCUAGUUUUCUCAUUGGUCAGUCUUCUGUUUCGGAUAUAUACCCACUUCCCCUCGUCCCUGACGGCUCCGUCACAAUCAGCCAUUUGGAAUUACUCUUUCUUCUUUCUACAACUCCUUAACUAAAACUACCUACCAUGAGUACAGAAUCCAGUAAUGUAGCAGGAGUUACAAUCCCGCGGCAAUCCAGGAGGCUGCCGGAUUUCUUGCAGAGUGUCAAUUUAAAGUAUGUCAAAUUGGGUUACCACUACCUCAUAACCCAUCUCUUGACCCUCUGCUUGGUCCCUUUAACGGCUGUCAUUAUCGCUGAAGCAUCACAAAUGAACCCGGAUGAUCUUCACCAACUCUGGCUCCAUCUCCAAUAUAAUCUGGUCAGCGUCAUCGUCUGCGCCGUUUUUCUCGUAUUCGGAUCCACGGUCUACAUCAUGACCCGGCCCAGAUCCGUUUAUUUGGUUGACUAUUCAUGCUAUCGCCCUCCAUCUCAUUUACAAGUAAAGUUCCACCAGUUUAUGGAGCAUUCGACGCUCACCGGAGAUUUCGAUGAAUCGUCUCUUGAGUUUCAGCGAAAGAUAUUGGAGCGUUCUGGGCUUGGAGAAGAGACUUACGUGCCGGAGGCUAUGCAUUAUAUCCCGCCAAGGCCGUCAAUGGCGGCGGCGAGAGAGGAGGCGGAGCAGGUGAUGUUUGGUGCAUUGGAUAAUCUGUUUGCUAAUACUAAUGUGAAGCCUAAAGACAUUGGCAUCCUAGUGGUGAACUGUAGCUUAUUUAAUCCAACGCCAUCACUUUCGGCUAUGAUUGUUAACAAGUAUAAGUUGAGAGGGAACAUCAGAAGCUUUAAUCUUGGGGGGAUGGGAUGCAGUGCUGGAGUUAUAGCGAUUGAUCUUGCGAAAGAUAUGCUGCAGGUUCAUAGGAAUACGUAUGCUGUUGUUGUUAGUACAGAGAACAUAACACAAAAUUGGUACUUUGGUAACAAGAAGUCCAUGUUAAUACCAAAUUGCUUGUUUAGAGUAGGGGGAGCCGCAGCUUUGUUGUCUAAUAAAUCUGGGGAUAGGUGGAGGGCCAAGUAUAAGCUUGUACAUGUAGUGAGGACCCAUCGCGGGGCGGAUGAUAAGGCAUUUAGAUGUGUACAUCAGGAGCAGGAUGAUAAUGGGAAAACCGGCGUUUCCUUGUCCAAGGAUUUGAUGGCGAUUGCUGGUGGGGCGCUUAAGACUAAUAUUACAACUUUGGGUCCUCUUGUUCUUCCAAUAAGCGAACAGCUUCUCUUUUUUCUCACUUUGGUGGCCAAGAAGUUUUUUAGUGCCAACAUCAAGCCUUAUAUCCCUGAUUUCAAGCUGGCUUUCAAUCAUUUCUGCAUUCAUGCUGGGGGCAGGGCUGUGAUUGAUGAGCUUGAGAAGAACUUGCAGCUUCUACCCAUACAUGUUGAGGCAUCUCGGAUGACUCUGCAUCGUUUUGGUAACACUUCUUCAAGCUCUAUCUGGUACGAACUGGCUUACACAGAGGCAAAGGGGAGGAUGCGGAAGGGUAACCGCGUUUGGCAGAUUGCUUUUGGAAGUGGCUUCAAGUGUAACAGUGCUGUUUGGGAAGCUCUCCGCAAUGUAAAGCCUUCUUCUAACAGCCCAUGGGAAGAUUGUAUCCACAGGUAUCCUGUGCAGAUUGCUGUGUAGUUUAAUAUAUUAGAAAAGGUAAAAGAACACAUUAACUAGGCAAUGGUGAUGGUGUAUCGUUGUUAUGGUAUCUUGUUCUUUUGUUCCUAUAAUUUGUUGAUUUGUGUUGGAAAUCUCAUGUCUUUCGUGUCUGGCCCUCAAACUGUGUGGAAUAGCAUAAAUGCUUGAAGCGUGCUUCAUGUACUCCUCUGCUUUAUAGCUCUUAUGUAUAAUCAAUCCAGGUGGUUGUAUCCCAUUAUGGUGUCUGCAAUCUUCAAUUGUGCAUAUAAAAUUUA